AUGGCAGCAAAAAUUCUCCUCACAGGAGCGACAGGCUAUGUUGGGGGUGUUGUCUUGCACUUCCUGGCGUCUCAUUUGACGGACUGCAGCAUCACCUGCCUUGUCCGUACAGAAGAACAAUCAAGCCUCCUGAAAUCUACAUAUCUUGGUGUCAGAACUGUUCUUGGAACUCUCGAGUCGCAAGACCUGCUCAUCGCAGAAGCUGCGAAGGUCGACAUUGUUGUCCACGCUGCCAACGUUGAUCACAAGGCGGGUACUUUGAACUUGUUAUAUGGAUUAAAGUCCCGUCGUGCAGAGGGGAAGGAACCUCUGUAUUUGCUCGUUUCCGGGACGGCUUCGCUUCUCGACAAAGAAAACGUCAGAGCUGGCUUGCCCAUGACUAAAGCCUACAACGAUGUCCUCGAUGCCUCAGACAUUUGGAAUCUUCCUCUCGACCGUCCGCAUGUGGCAAUCGAACGUCGAUUUGUGCAAGAAGGAGAAGCGUCUGGCAUCAAAACAAUAAUCGUGUCGCCGAGUCAAAUCUUCCACACUGGUAUUGGUAUAGGAAAGACAGAGAGCUAUCUCAACGAGCAUCCUCGGGCAAUCAUCAAGCGCGGCGCCCCGUUUGUGGUUAACGGAGGCCGGAACCUUUGGUGCUGGAUUAGUAUUGAGGACUUAGCGGAUGCUAUUUGCUUUCUGCUUCGCAGAUACCUCGAUGAAGAAACAGGAUCUAAGGACUUUAGUACAGGGUACGGAAGAGAUGGAUACUACUACGUGCAGACAGGAGAACUCUCUGCCUAUGAGCAGACAAAUGAGAUAGCGGAAGAAUUGUUGAAGCUCGGCGCAAUCAGGUCUACAAAAAUUGACCAUAUUACCGAGCAUGAUGCCACCCAAUUGAACGACUAUGGUGUGUUGCUUUGGGGUUCAAGUAUGAGAUCCAUAGGGCAGAAAUUGAGAGACCUAGGCUGGACACCUAAAACUACGGACUGGAAAGGGCUGGUCAGGCGCGCGGCAAGGGUAGAGUGGGAAGCUGUUCAAGCAGGUGAAAGUAGAGGAUCAAAUUACCAAAGAGUCUAA